ACACCUACAACAGCUAUCAUUAUCAUCGACACUUAUUUCUGGCAGAAGACUGGAGUUUAUACAUUCAUCGAGUCACGAUAUUGACGUUCUCCGCUAUAAAUACUAUAUCCACCCGGCAUAUUGAUACAGCAACCCGAAGCUAUCAAAGCUCAAUCAAGUAGACCUCAAAGUUGCUCCAGUGCAGUCAGGAGACGUACUGUUGGUCUCACUCGUCUGAUUUAGUAGGAAGGUGCUGUCGCAGUAUGAAUGAACAAAAAUCCGAGAAAAUUCUGGAUGGCAAGGCUUUAGUCGAGUCUAUGUAUGUCGAUUCAAAGGAGACAACAGAAGAGUUUGAAAUCAAACAGAAAGCCAUUGAAUCUGCAUGCCAAAGACGGGAUGUGAAAGCUUUGGUUGAAUAUGCCACCUCUUCAGGUGGACUACUGACAGAUACCCUUCGUCAAACUGCAUGGCCCAUAUUAUUAGGCUAUUAUGGUGAAAAGGAAGUGCUCAAAGACCAGCCGGACUGGAAAGGCCUACCCCGACACGGAGAUGAGGACCAGAUCAAACUUGAUGUUAACAGAUCCUUUGUCUAUUAUCCGCAGUGUAACGAAGAGGAAUUGGAGAGAAGAAAACAGCAACUGUCAGAUCUCAUCACCGAGACUCUGCGACGAUAUCCAAUGCUCUGUUAUUUUCAGGGCUACCAUGAUAUUGCACAGGUGCUGCUAUUGGUCUUGGGUGCUCAGCUUGCACGCCCUGCUUUUUCAAGAGUAUCUUUCUUGCGUAUACGAGAUUAUAUGCUUCCGUCGUUGUCUCCGGCGUUGAAACACCUUCAUCUCAUCCCUGCCAUAUUAGAAGUAACAGAUACGAGGGUACGCAAGCAUUUAGCGGGCACUCAACCCUACUUCGCCCUAGCAGCGGCACUAACGCUAUAUGCACAUGAUAUUGAGGAGUAUCGAGAUAUUGUACGACUGUAUGACUUUUUACUUGCUCAUGAGCCGGUUGUCGCAAUCUACUUGUUUGCAGCCAUCAUUCUCAGGCGAAAAGAUGAACUUCUGGAGAUACCAAUCGACGAGCCGGAAAUGCUACACUUUACGCUAUCCAAGAUGCCACAGCCUCUCCACCUAGAGAAUCUAAUAUCUUCUGCACUGGAACUGUACCAGAGACACCCUCCUGAGUCCUUACCGUUUCGCGUUUGGCGGCGACUUCCGCGACACAGCGUUCUCAAAACAUCUCGGACGGUUGGGGAGAGAGCUUCUCUCCAAGAAGCUGAGGAUCACUUUGUCGCACAAACGAAAGAGCUGCGACGAGAGGAAUUCCGGAAACAGACAUAUGCACUUUUAUGGCGAUACCGGAGACCUGCGGGUGGCAUUUGUGUUGCGAUUUUGAUCGGUCUGGCAUCGAUAUAUGUUCGCAGAACAGGGUUAGAAGGACAAAUAUGGUCCUAUAUUGGCAGGCUCAAGCAUCAUCUCUCUCGUUGAACGUUCAAUGCGAUUCUUGAGUCCACGCUUAUUUGCUGUGAACCAUCAUUGAUGGGUGUAUUUAUAUAGUUUAGAAAGGAGUGAUGAAACGGCUAAGAUAAAAGCCUAACAGUAUCAUUCGAUUUAACAAAAAUAUCUUAAAUGUUG